UUGGCUGCUAGUCUCACUCUGAUGCUGCUGUGGCUGCAUUCACGCUAUCUGUGUCACUACAACUACUCGCCGCUCUGGGCUAAAUCUGAGGAUGUUUGUAAGAAAACAACCUGAAAAUCAGAAGUGCAGUGUUAUCAAAUGUUCAUCAUGAUCACACUUAGGCUUACAGACCACCUACAGUACAACCAUAAUGCAGCAUCCACACGAUAUCAAUCUCGGCUACCAGGCUAAGCUGCUUAUGAAAGGACCUUCAGAGAACUGUACAACCAAACCCCCUCUAUUUGUCCCUCCACAUCCUCUGGAAGAUAACCUGUUCCUCUUUCCAGCUCUAUCUGUGUCCUACCCUUAAUCCCACCUUGGACUUGAAUGAAAACUCAGGGAAGUGUUACGGGCAAUGGCAGUCUUAAGAGUUAAGUUUACCAAGACCAAAAGAGACAAGCUGGCCCAGGUGCUCUGGAUCCUAAACUGGAUCUCGGUAGUUACGGGGGCCAUCCUGUUCAGCCUAGGCCUCUUCCUCAAGGUGGAGCUCCAUAAACAAGGAGAGGUGAUGGCUGAGAGGGACAUCCAGUAUGUUCCCAACACGCUUAUAGCUGUGGGUCUCAUCGCUUGUGCCAUAAACUUCCUGGGUGGGAAAAUCUGCUACGACUGUGUGGACACCACCAAGUUUUUGCGCUGGAAGUUGAUCAUGCUGCCCUACAUCAUAUGCACCUUCUUCUUCACCUUUUGUGUGCUGGUAGGGGCUCUGAUGUGUUACUGCAUGCACUGGGAACUGGAAGAGUCUCUGAACCUGGGACUGACAGAGGCCAUGAGGUUUUAUAAGGACACAGACACACCAGGACGCUGCUUCCUAAAGCGCACCGUGGACAUGCUGCAGAUGCAGUUUCAGUGCUGUGGAAACAACGGUUAUAAGGACUGGUUUCAAAUUCAGUGGAUAAGCAACCGUUACCUGGAUAUGUCCCAAAAAGAGGUGGUGGACCGAAUCAGGAGUAACGUGGAUGGAAAGUUCCUACUGAAUGGAGUCCCAUUCAGCUGCUGCAACAUCAACUCCCCCCGGCCCUGCAUCCAGCAGCAGAUCACCAACAACUCUGCACACUUCAACUACGAGCACCAGACGGAGGAGCUAAACCUUUGGAUGAAAGGGUGUCGACAGGCGCUGCUGGAGUACUACAUACACAUUAUGCAGUCCAUCGGCCUCACAGUCCUCAUCACCUGGUUAUUUGAGCUAUCAGUGUUGACCGGGGUUCGUUACCUCCAGACUUCUCUGGAAAAUGUCCUGAGACAGGGAGACCCCAACUCCGAAUCAGAUGGCUGGCUGCUGGAAAACAGCUUCAUGGAAACUGCCCGCAUGAACCUGAAUAUCAUCAAGAGCCUUGGCAAGGGUAACCAGAUAGACACAGCCACUAAUGGAGACCCCAACAUUAACGUCCCCUCCACCUCAAAAGCACACUAUGGUCCUGACAAUGUUCCACCGAAGCAAAUAACUGAAGACAGUUGAACUUUUUCACUCAAAAGACUUCAAUGGACGACAUUCCUGAAGCCCACAAAGGGCCUUGAAACGUAUACACAUUACAUUGGUGAAUUCUUAUCGCUGUACCUGUGGCGAAGGAAUGGGCAUUUUGUUUGUGGAAAAUAUAUAUGAACCCUAAAUGAUAGAAUUUUAAUAUCAACACCAUAAUUUAAGUCACCAUUAAUGUAAAUGCAUUUGAUAACUGCAAGGAAUAAGUGACAAAAUGCUACCAGAACACCUUAAAUGUACCUUUGCAUCAUUUUGUGUUUCGAUGAUCAUGUGAUGGUCAUAUAAAAAAAUUGAUAGAGGCCUGGUGACAUAAUUUCCACCCAAAUCAAUCCAUUCACUGAGCCCUCAUAUAAUGUGGACUGAGCCAAAACCAUCCUCAUAACUUUUCUGAAGGGUUCACAGGACCCACACCAUGCUAACCAAAUGUUCUCCUCAGUAUAACAAAGCCACCACAUUUUGUCACUUUAAAUUCCUUUAAUUUGUCACCAGUCUGCAUACAUUUCUAUUAUUUUUCUGUAAGAUUACUUGUGCUUUAAUCUACUGUUUACAAAUGACAUCUGUUGCCUGUGUAACAUGUGGUUUUUGCAAAAAAGACUCUGUACACCCGUCAGUUGCAACACUGGAAUCAAAAUGUACUUAUAUUUAUUAUUUGAUGAAGACAACUAUGGGUUAGAAGUUCAAGCACCUGUUCUUGUUCCCCAUGAUUUCAUCUGAGCAUGCCAGAAAACCCACUCAGAAGUUUGAUUUACAGCAAGAAAAGCGAAAGCUCACAAAUUACAUUUCACAAUUAAAGAUCUGUAGUGAUUAGUUUGUGUUUAGACUAGUAGUACCAAUAUUGGAUCUUUUGUGUGCCCUUUUCCCUGAGUUGCCUAACUGCAUUAGCAAAGUUGUUACAAGGAUAGCGAAUAUUAAACAGUACUUUGUUUUCACAUAAGUAGCUCAGCAGACAGAAAUCCAUGAGAAAUUCUUAACUACUUUUUUUUUUUUUAGAAUAUUUAAGCCACUGCUACGAUUCUCUCGUGCCUCAGCAAUGUCACCAGGUUUUAAUGCUCAAAUAUAAACUUUGCUGGGAUGAGCUACAAAAAGUUUGACAAUAAACUGUCCGCUUGAGGACUUUGAAUUCUGAAAA